GGCGAUACUGUUUGUUUAGCAGUCUGGCCACUGUGAUCGACAGAAACACACGAGUGUUAGCACUAUUGCCUUAAAUAGAGUACACCGUUAUCUUGAGGAAGGAAAUUGAUAAAUUCUACAAUGGCUUCUGGGGCAACUACGUCAGCGCCAGUACCAUCGGCAAAUGCGGGUCCGUUACUUCUGGGUCCAGAAAAUACCAUCUUGGAUUGCCCGUUCUGCCAUCACCAAAUCAAGACCGCCGUGCAGUACACCAAUAACUCGGGGACGCACAUCGCAGCCGCCUUGUGGGGCCGAAUUUGCUUCCUCUGCUGUAUCCCCUACUGCGGGGAGUCUGCCAAGAACGCGGACCACUACUGCCCUAACUGCGCCAAAUACCUCGGAACUUAUCGUAGAUAAAUAUGUACCAAAAACUUUUUAAAGACUAGGUAAUAAGUACUUACCUAUACAUAGUUUAAGAAUUUACUUAACAUUUAAUUAUAAUAAAUAAGUACAAUGUUGUUAAAUCAUGCUGCAUUUUAAUUAUGAUUGAUUGUACUUUUAAUAUUCCUAUUUUUUGUAAUUUGCUCGCGAAUAUACUUAUGCGUGUUUUCUUGCAUUUUCGAUUUACUAUUUUUUGUAUUUGAUAGACAUAGUUUUAAUUCUAAUCAUCAGAUCAGAGUGGAUCCAAGUAGUGUAUAACCAGAAUGUACUUAAAAAGGGAUAAGUUAGAUCCUCAUAAAGUUCUUACAAUUCACGAAGGCGAGUGAGCUUUACAUGUUUAGUGGCUCGCUCGCUACUGUUCGUUUGUCAAAAGUUUUGAUAGACAUUACACUAUGUGUAUGUAUACGUACACACACAAGUAAUUAUAUAAGUAAAGCUCACUCGCCUUCGUGAGUUGCAAGAACUAUACCUAGUUUUUUAAGCUAUGUGCCAAAUAUGUACAAAUACUGGAAAGCUAACGUUUCAUUUUCUUAAAUCUCAAUGAUAAUAACAAUACUCCGAUUUAAUUAGAAACGAAGUCUGUGUUAAAACAUGUUUUGUAAGUGCUCGCUUGAGUGUUCGGUUAUUAAAUUACUUUCAUAGCUUAUGUGUUUGCUAUGACUAUGUACUUAUAAUGGUAAUGUUGUUAUUACUUACUAUAAAUAUAAAUAAAACAUAGUUUCCCUGA